AUGAAAUUCAGCCAAUUAUUUGUUCUUUUAAUAAUUGCUUUACAAUUUUUGGUUGCUCAAGGGCUCAUCUACGAUGCGAAAGCUGCUAAAGUAGCAGGAAGUGGAAGUGGUUCAGGGCGCUGA